AUGUCUAACUACUGUGAAAUAACGAUAACUGAUUUUGGAAAAGUUAUCGUAAUGGAAUGUCAGAGUAAUCAAAAACAAAGAUUACGUUCCCCUAAGCGCUCCGGCACGACACCACUCGGUGAAAAUGAUGUCAAGUCAAAUCAAGAUGAUAUUAAGUAUUCAAAUCGAAUGGAUAUUUACAGUGACAGUAAUGAGAACGCUAUUAAAAUUAACGAUGAUCCAACAUCAGAGGACGAUAGACCACCAAGGCUUCCACCACGUCCACCUCCAAGACCUCGCAACACAAUCAACAGUGAAUCAGUUUUUUUACGUAGCCUCAUCAUGGGGAUACGAAUGAUCAAUUUGGAGAACAAUAAGCAUAAAAAAAUGAGCAAUAGUAUAGGCGAACGUAGAGUAAUCAUGUCAAUUCAAUUGAUGCUUCCACCAAGGCCAGUAGAUCCAAAUGUUGAUCCAUAA